CAAUCACCCAUUUCUCCUCCCCCAAAAAGAUCUUCUCUCUUCAAAGUUCAAAAUCCAAAAUCCAACAUUGUAUAUACAUACAUACAUUCAGCUAUGCGGAUGAGCUGUAACGGGUGCCGGGUUCUCCGGAAAGGUUGCAGUGAAAAAUGCUCCAUUAAACCUUGCCUCCAGUGGAUCAAAUCCCCCGACGCCCAAUCCAACGCCACCGUGUUCCUUGCCAAAUUCUACGGCCGCGCCGGCCUCCUCAACCUCAUCAACGCCGGCCCCGAACACCUCCGCCCUGCUAUAUUUAGAUCGUUGUUAUACGAAGCGUGCGGGCGGAUUGUGAAUCCGAUAUAUGGAUCGGCGGGGUUGUUGUGGUCGGGAAACUGGCAGCUCUGUCAGGCGGCGGUGGAGGCCGUUCUCGGCGGCGCGCCGAUUACGAAGCUAUCCCCUGACUCCGCCGCCUUUUCCAUGAGCCCUUCGCUCAAGGCGUGCGACAUCCGGCACGUGUCCAAAGAGGACAACGCCAACGCCGGCGCCGGCGCCGGCGAUCUUCACAAGGUUAAGUCGCGAGGGCGGUUCAAGAGAACGGCGGCGGGGAAGCCGAAGCAGAGGGCGGGGUCGCCGGACGUGGACGACGCGGCGCGAGUGAUGUGGAGCUGGAGUCACAAGGAGGAGGAGGAUGCGGUGGGGUCCCCCAGCCGGGACUCGGGGCUGAGUCAGCACGCCGAGGAGCAGAGCCGCGGCGGAGAGAGCGGCGAUGCUAACUGCGCGUCGGGGGAGACGGUUGAGACCUCGCUGGCGAAGCCGGAGGAUGAGAGCGAUGUUGAGUUGGAGCUAACUCUCGGGUGGGAGCCGAUGUCGAGACACUGGAAAUCGACGCCGGCUGGGAUGAGCGAAGACGCCGGCGGGUCUGAUGAAGCCGCGUGUAGAAUGGAACUGUAAUUACUCCAAAGACUGUUUUUGACGACCAUUUUGUAUGGUUUUUCCAUUUAAUUUCUUUUUUGGACCCUAGAUUUAAAAUUUUGUAUUUUGUUUAGGUCUCAAAUUGUUGGUGAUAGAGAUGUAAUACCUUAGGCAGUGUCAAUGUCAUCAAAGAGUCAUAAAGAAGUGAACAUAGAGAAAUGAUGGUUUCCUUUCAAUCCUUCCUUUAAUCAGGAAUGCCAACCACCGUCUAAA